AUGUAUGUGAAAUGGUUUGAUACAGUAAUGUUAUACUAUGUGAUUUUAGUGAAUGUCACUUUUAAAAUUUUAAAAUUUCCCAACAGUUCCGUCCCGACGUCACAGGGGAUGGAACCCAGAAAACAGAUGCUGGCAUCCGCCGGAUUCCAUUACAGGGGACAAUGCAGGAGGGACAUCGCGGGAGCGCAGGACAAGGUAAGAGAAGAAGAGAUCCCGGAGCAGCGCUGCAAGGUAAGCCCGAGUGUAGCUCGGGGUUACCGCUUGUGCUACACUUGGGAAUACCGCCAGGGAGGU